CUGGGAUUUAUCUGGUACGUCUUCAUUUCUUCAAUUCAACUGAUGUCUCCACAGCUGUUUUUUAUGUUUCGACCGAUCGAUUUUCCCUGUUGAAAAAUUUCACCAUUCCAAGAAGCACUACCAACGAUAGCAAUUCUUCCGUUAUAGACGAAUUCCUCCUAAACAUCACGCAAGGAAAAUUUUCAAUCUACUUUACCCCUCAAGGAUCCUCUUUCGCCUUCAUAAACGCCUUAGAAGUCUUCCUUGCCCCGGGAAAUUUGAUCCCUGACCAGGCUAUAACACCAACUAAUAAAAGUUACAGUGGUAUCCUCUCCCACGCUUUACAGACAAUUUACAGAAUCAAUGUUGGGGGAGAAAAAUUAACACCAGAUAAUGAUCCCUUAUGGAGGACAUGGUUAACUGAUGACGGGUUUUUAUAUAAUCCGAACACGGUAAAGAGCACAAUGACUUGGGCUCAGCCUAAGUAUCAUGGAGAAGUUACUAAUUAUAUUGCACCUGAUCCGGUGUACCAAAGUGCCAGAGAGAUGAACAUAGAUAGUAAGUUCUCAAACACAUCCAAUGUGACGUGGUCCUUCAUUGUGUCUAAGAAUUCUAGCCAUUUUGUUCGGGUUCAUUUCUGUGACAUUUUUGGUACAUCAGCGGAUAGCAUUACAUUCAACUUGUACCUUAAUAGCAUCUACCCUCAGAAAAUGGAUCCUCAUGACAAAGCUGGUGACGUGGGGUCACCGUUUUACGUGGAAUUUGUAGUUGAUUCUGAUGAGUCAGGGGUUAUGAAUGUCCGCAUUGGUCCUUCGAACGAUUCGCAGGAGUAUUAUACGGCGUUUUUGAAUGGAGUGGAGAUAAUGGAUAUCAUGGGUGAAUCAAGUGUAGUUAUCAAGCCAGAUAAAAGUAAGAAAACUGUCUUCCCUGUGGUCGGUCCUGUUGUUGGGGGUCUACUUAUUUGCGCCUUGGUAGUUGGGUUGUUUAUUGUUUUGAAGAAGAGGAAGAGAACAUCGGUUAAAACUUUAGUUUGGUCGCUGUUCAGUGGACACGGUGGCGGAAGUUCCGAUGGCAAGGGGACCAAUAGAACCAUCAAUGUCUCCCAGGUCCCAAAUUUGAACCUUGCCUUGAGAAUUCCAUUCGCUGAAAUUGAGUUUGCUACAAACAAUUUUGAUGAGAAGCUGCUGAUUGGAAAGGGUGGAUUCGGAAAUGUUUACGGAGGUAACCUCAAAAAUGGCUUGAAAGUUGCUGUGAAACGGGGUCAACCAGGGUCCGGCCAAGGGUUGCCGGAGUUUCAGACGGAAAUCAUGAUCCUGUCCAAAAUCCGCCAUCGCCAUCUUGUUUCCCUGAUAGGAUACUGUGAUGAAAGGUUUGAGAUGAUACUGGUUUAUGAAUUCAUGGAGAAGGGGACAUUGCGGGACCAUCUAUACAACAGAAACCUACCCUGUUUGCCCUGGAAACAGAGGCUUCAAAUCUGUAUCGGUGCAGCCAGAGGCCUUCAUUACCUCCACAAGGGUUCUACCGGAGGAAUCAUCCAUCGUGAUAUCAAGCCGACAAACAUCCUGCUUGAUGAAAACCUCAUCGCCAAAGUUGCAGAUUUUGGGCUCUCCAAGUUAGCUCCAAUGGACCAAACCUAUGUAAGCACAGGGAUCAAAGGCACAUUUGGUUACCUUGAUCCUGAGUACUUCAAGACACAACAAUUAACUGAGAAAUCCGAUGUUUACUCCUUCGGUGUCGUACUUCUUGAGGUGCUCUGUGCAAGACCGGCUAUAAGUAGAGAUCCUCAGCUUCCAAGGGAACAAGUAAGGCCUUUAAUUCUCUUUCAAACUAGUCUUUAAAUAUGAGACUGCACUUUGUAUUUUGAUCAGUCGAUCACAAUCUAAAAUGUAAAAUUGCUUUAAUUCUCUUUCAGACUAGUCUUUAAAUAUGAGACUGCACUUUGUAUUAGGAUCAGUUGAUCACAAUCUAAAAUGUAAAAUUACUUGGGAAUCCAGUGAUUUGUUGCGGGGUUGCUUCCCAAAGGUGGUCUGAUGAUUCUAUUUUCCAUUCUCUACGCCUACAUUCUUAUAAACCCAUUUCCAGUUU